AUGAACGAAAGAAAAAGGCAACGAAACUCAUCAACAGAUAGUUGUUUUACGAAAAAGUUACAAUGUACUUCUUGUUUAGUAACAUCAAUUAAUACAGACAAUUCAAUCUUCCAAUUUGAAGAUCUUUCAAAUGACAUCAUCUAUGAAAUUUUUGAUUAUCUCGAUACUUAUCAUAUUUAUGAAUGUUUUUUCAAUCUUAAUAAACGAUUUCAUAAUAUUCUUCUGGAUUCAAUCCUUCCUAUUCAUGUCAAUAUUCCACUUAGAUCUAAAUUGAAUUUUGAUCGUUACUAUACUGAUUUUAUUCAACCUAAUAAACAUCGAAUUCAAUCACUUUAUUUAUUAGAUCCUUUCGCAAUUGACUUCUUUUCUUCAUUAGUAGAACAUAUUUCAAAAUGUUUUCAACUUCAAACACUUGUUUUGAAUGAAAUUGAUUCAAAAAUUAUAGAAAGUCUUCUUACUGACUUAUCUUCUUUGAAUAAUCUUUCUUCAUUAUCCAUUCGUAUUGGAUGUGAUUCCAAUAAAAUUACUAUUUACAAUCUAAUAUUUUAUUUACCAGUAUUAAAAUAUUGUAAAAUAUCUUUUGAAGAAGAUGUUCGAUUAGGAUCAUUGCCUUUAUGUAUGAAUCCAUUGAGUUCUAUUGAACAUUUUAUUAUUAAUGAUAAUUAUAAUCUGGAUGAAGUUGAAGUUAUUUUAUCAUAUAUUCCUCAUGUUCGCCAUUUAUCCAUUGAAUACCAAAAUAAACCUGAUCCAAAAUCAACAAAAAUAUUUUUAAUGGUGUUAGACAGUUUAACACACAUUUGUGUCACAGGAGACCGCUUAGAACUUGAUAGUAUUGAACAGUUUGUCAAAAACCAUGCUAACCAGAUUAAAGUGGUACACAUUUCAUCAUUUGGGUUACAGUCCGAUUAUGCACCAUGGGUAAAAACAAUUUCAUCUUAUUUAUCACAUGUACGUGUCGUUGAUUUUCCUGGUGAAGAUAUGAAUCAUUGUCGUCGUGUACUACAAAUCUAUGAAUCAAUAUAUAAUCCUCGUUAUAACUCUUUUCCAUAUGUGCGACAAUGGUUCUUCACACACGAACCUAUGCCAGACGCAUAUUUACAUGAAAUAUUCUGUUCAGUUCGGACACAUAAGUAA